CGCGCGUUUCCGAACUUCGACGUCGACGAAGAUUGCGCGGAGCAGGAGCAGGAUCAGAACGGUGAAGGAGUGGAAAGGAGGAGAGAGGCUGCGUCGCGACGUCGAGGGAUGUUGGCAGCACUCCGUUCGCGAUCACCGAACAACAAGUAGAGAGAACACCUGAUUGACUGACUUGCCUUUUCUUCAGCGUCGAGAAACCGCGAUGGCUAAUAAGAACAUGGCACGUGAGAACAGCUACAUCUUGGAGGACAGGUCCAGGUUCGAAGACAGAGGCAGCAGCAUCGAUUCCAACGAAAACGCCUUUGACGACAUGAAGCAGUUAAUUAACAAUGAUGACGAAGACAAGACAUCGAGCCUUCCCUGGGCCAGCUUCAAUUUCAUCAAUUCGAUCAUAGGAAGCGGCGUCAUAGGUAUUCCGUACGCGUUCCACGAAGCGGGCUUCGGAUUGGGCAUCCUGCUGCUGAUCCUGGUGGCUUACAUAACCGAUUACUCUCUGAUCCUGAUGGUGCGAUGCGGCAAUCUGAGCGGCCGGUUCACCUACCAGGGCAUCAUGGAGGCGGCGUUCGGUCGUCCCGGUUACAUCCUGCUGAGCUUCCUGCAAUUCAUCUACCCGUUCACAGCCAUGGUUUCGUACAACGUCGUCGUCGGUGAUACGCUGACGAAGGUGAUAGUCCGGAUAACGGGAUGCGAACCGGACUCGGUGCUGGGCAGAAGAGAAGUGGUCGUCCUGGUGGCCACCCUCCUCAUAACCAUUCCUUUGUGCUUGUAUCGCGACAUCGCUCGUUUGGCGAAGGUUUCCUUCUUCAGUCUCAUCUGCAUCGCCUUCAUCCUCGUCUCGAUCCUCAUCAAGAUCAGCACGAUGCGAGAGCUCAUCCCUCCGGAUUCGAACAUGUGGCGACUGGUCAAUUGGGACAUCGUUCCUGCUAUAGCAAUCAUGGCAUUCGCUUUCAUGUGUCACCACAACACCUUCCUGAUCUACGGCUCCAUCCACGAGGCCAACCAAAAGAGAUGGGACAUCGUCACGCACAUCUCCAUCUUCACAUCGAUGUGCGUAUCGUUCCUCUUCGGCGUCGCCGGAUACGCCACCUUCGCGGGAUACUCUCAAGGCGAUUUAUUGGAGAACUACUGCUGGGACGAUGACCUGAUGAACUUCAGCCGAGUCCUCUUCAGCGUGCAGAUCCUGCUGACCUUCCCCAUCGAGUGUUUCGUGACUAGGGACGUGGUGGAGACGUCGCUCCUCGGUAAGAACGCCAACGUGCCGAUGUCCGAGCGCACCCACUACCUCCUCACCCUCGCCAUCAUCGGAAGCACAUACUUUAUCUCAAUGGCAACGGAUUGUUUGGGCGUCGUCCUCGAGCUGAACGGUGUUGUCGCUGCCGUUCCCUUAGCAUACAUCUUACCCGCCAUUAUCUAUCUGCGAUUGGAGGAGGGCAGCGUCUUCUCCCGCCGGAAAUUGCCCAGUCUGGCGUUGGCAGCGUUCGGUGUCAUUGUUGCAAGCGUCGGGACGCUCUUCAUGUUCGUCGACUUCGACCAGAGCAGCGACAGUUGCUCGCACGGUAAAGUCAUGUUCUACUGCGAGGGAAACGCCACCGUCGCGCCCACCCUGAAGACAUUCUGAACUCAGACGACUCUUGCAAUCGUUUGCUCUUCCUAAUUUGCACAAUUUAUUUCCAGAAAGUUUCUUUGCGGUACCAAAAGUUCCUUUCAUUCUGCAAUCAGCUACAAUACAAACAAGCAGAGAUAAUCUAUUUCAGUUCCGUAUACUCGUAAAGAGACUUAAUCAAAGAUUAGUCGCAACAAAAGCUCCAUUUUUUUUUUCACAAAUUGUAUUCGUUUAUGAUUUACAAUAAUUUGAUUACGUUUUAUAAUGAAACUGUCAAUGAGAAUAGCCUCAAAGCUGACAUUUCCAAGUUCGAAGUCGUGUAAAUAAUUAAGAAAGAGAGAGAUUCGUUGCCAAAAAGUGAAUAUUUAUAU